UAGUAGGGCGGGCUGGGGGGGGGAAAGCGUGAAACCAAAGGGAAUGUUUACUUGUUCAGAAGUCUCUCUCACACGGAAGCACGCUGUUCCCUAACUCCUGGCUGAGCAGACUCCAGUUUGCCAAUCUCUGCUUUUCAGCACACUUAACUCCUUGACAGAAUGGCAGACAAAAGAACAGCUGGUGCAAAGCAAUAGGGGGAUAAGGAGACAGGAAAAAAAUAAAUAAACAUAUUGCCCCCCAUCGCCAACAUCCAACAACAUCACAUCAGUAGUAACCGUGGAACAAUCGGAAGUCACCAUGCGCAGGUCUAGCACCGAUGAAUCGACCUAUCACAGGAGUCCUUCUUUGGACAGCAAGGAUUACAGUUUUCCAAAUGGCGCCUUCCGUCGCUACAGCAGCAUGUAUGGCGGCCAGUUUGGGGCCGCCAGCAACUCGUUUUUCGGAUUCCACACCAACCCGGGCCCUAAAGCCACCAAGGCUAAGUACACAUCCCCCAAGGGGAACAAGUACGUUGUCUUUUACCUGGAUCUCUCGUUUAUUUUUCUCUUAGAGCUGAAGAGGUGUAGCAUGGCUCAUAACUGCCUGCAGUGCAUCAAGUACCUAAUGUUUGUCUUCAACCUUCUCUUCUGGCUGGGAGGCUGCGGGAUCCUUGGAGUUGGUAUCUGGCUGGCUGUUACCCAAGGGAACUUUGCUACCCUCUCCUCUUCUUUCCCAUCCCUGUCGGCUGCCAACCUGCUGAUUGUCACAGGGACUUUUGUCAUGAUCAUCGGCUUCGUCGGCUGUAUAGGUGCCAUCAAAGAAAACAAGGGCCUCCUGCUGAGUUUUUUUAUCAUGCUGUUAAUUAUAUUCCUGCUGGAGCUCACCAUUGUGAUUCUGUUCUUCGUCUACACUGACAAGAUUGAUAAGUAUGCUCAGCAGGAUCUGAAAAAAGGUCUUCGUUUGUAUGGGACAGAUGGAAAUAUUGGCCUAACUAAUGCAUGGAGCAUCAUUCAAACAGAUUUCAGAUGCUGUGGGGUCUCGAACUACACUGACUGGUUUGAAGUGUACAAUACUACACGGGUGCCAGACUCGUGCUGCUUGGAAUUCAGCGAGAAUUGUGGACUCCACUCCCCGGGGACCUGGUGGAAAGCUCCUUGUUAUGAGACGGUGAAAAUAUGGCUCCAGGAAAACCUGCUCGCAGUGGGGAUCUUUGCCCUGUGCACAGCUUUGGUUCAGAUUCUUGGAUUGACCUUUGCAAUGACCAUGUAUUGCCAGGUAGUCAAAGCAGACACCUACUGUGCGUAGAAACCAUCUCAAGCCUCUAUGCUUCUCAAAAGGACAUAGGAGAAAGCUCCUUCAUGUUCAUUCAUCUGAUCUUUUUUCUAUGUAAGAUAAACUGUGUAUAAUCCUAUAUCUCUGAAGAUUUUGUAAAUUACCCUAGUUUAUUGAGGGAGGAAAAAAGGUAUGGGGGAAAAAAAAAAGCCAAGGGAAGAUCAGUACUUGGAUUGGCAUAGGCAGGAGGAGGAAGCGUUGUCUUUAAAAAAAAGAAUGCUCCAACAUAACAAAAGAAAACAGUUCCCUUUGCAUGGACUGUGGCAAGACUGAAGAUGCUGCUUAAGAGGAGCUAGUCUGCAAACCCGUGCUAGCAUAGUCUGCAGACACUGAAAAGAGCUCCAGGAAUCCAGAAAGGUUUCCUUCCAGAAUAUAUCAUGGGCUGGUGUGGGGGUGGGUGGGGGAAGAGUGGAAAGUUAAAUAUCCUUCAGUAUUGAAAACAGAAGGCAUGGAAUAGCUAAAUUGAUGGAACUGUCAUUUUACUACAAUUUGUCUUUGUAUGCAGCUAGUGUCACAGCAAGCCUCCAAACUGUCUCAAGAAGAUUUUUGCAGCCAGGAGCGGGUCAACUUCAGAAGUGUUUUUAGUCUCAUGUGCUCUGACGUCAGGAGCUAAUCAGGAUCUGAGUAAUGAGAUCUGUCUGGUAAGGGAAAAAAGUCUUAGUGGACAUUGUGUCACUUAUUAAUUUUUCAAUGGUACAGAACCAAUAAGGGUGUGCGUGUAUGAUAUAUUCAUAGACACUUACCAUUCUGAAGGGAGGUGAAAUAACCCUGCAUCUCCCCUCAGAAGAUGGAAGCUUUCUACCCCAUUUCACAUUCCAAGUGAACAAAUACUCAAAGGGAAAUAAUGGAGUAUUAUUUCUUGUAGGAGACACUAUCACUAUUACCUCUGGGGAAACAAGUAAUUACUUUCAGCUGUAUCUUCAUUUCUGUAAACAACUUGUGAGUAGGCUUUCUCUGUCACUCUCCUGUGGUUUUAUUUUUUCCAUUCCUGUUUCAAGUCAGUCUACCAGCAACUAUCACUCAUUUCUGCACUUAAAGAGCUGUCAGCUGUUUCUUCACUGAAUGUCAUUAAUUUACCCUGGGACAAUAUCAUCUGCAGAUAGUAUACGGUUUGCCUUGUCAAAGAAACAUGUGUUACACAGUGCUUAGCUUAAGACUUGAGAUGUUUUCCUGCUUAGAAAUGCUAAACUACUUAUUUACAUCAUCCAUGGAAAUUUGUUCCCAGUGGGAACUGGAGUCAACUUUCAAGCUUUUUUCUCCCCCCUUGUGCAGGCUUGCUCAGUAGCAACACCUGCCCCCGCUGGAAUUUGCAAAACAAGCAUCAGUCACAACUCCUCAUUGCAGGAAAACAAAUUUCCGUGUGUGUGUGUUCCCCCAUUGUCAUAAUUGAAGAGAAUGUGUGAAUUGUGCUUUGAGGGAAUUUUCAUUGAAUUGCAAGAAAACGUUUCAUCCAGCAAACUUCUACAUUGAGGGUAUGCCCAAUACAGCCUAUGGUGUUGUGCAAUGUAGACAUACAGCUUUGAGUGACCCUUGUCUGCUGGAAGAAAAGGAGUACUAGUGGCACCUUAGAGA